UCAGAAGAAUGAAACCGUCAUUGACAUGUUCACUUAUGGUCAGCCUGCUAAGUCUACCAUGGCUACCAACAAUAUUAUCUACAACAACCCCGACGGCUAAAGAUGUACCCUAUACCUGUAAUAUGUGCUGUCAAGGGCCAUCUGGGCAAAACGGCUUUCCGGGAGUUCCCGGAACACCUGGAGGGGGUGGUCAGGCUGGUGCACCUGGUAAUAGGGGUGACAGAGGUGAAACAGGAGCUUUAGGCAAAAAAGGAGAACCUGGAAAUAAUGGUCUAAAAGGUGAUAAAGGAAGUGAAGGAUCUCCUGGCAAACAAGGUCCAGUCGGACAAUUAGGUGUUAAAGGAAAUAGUGGAUCAAAGGGCGAGCCAGGAUUUGUCCGUAAAUCUGCGUUUACUGCGUUGCGCACGACUUCUAUUCAGGAAACAGAAUCAGCCAUCUCUUUCACAUCGAUGAAAUUUAAUAUUGGAGAGGACUUUAACAAAACUAACGGAAGGUUUACAUGUAGUGUUUCUGGAGUGUAUUACUUUAUGUUAAGUUUUGAGUCGUAUAAUGGAGUUUCUCCAUAUGUUAAAAUUAGGUUGAAUGGGAAUGAAAUCAUAUAUAUUCGUACUGGCGCCACAGGUUAUGAGCAUUAUAGCUCUGGAGUAACACUUCUACUCAAUGUUGGCGAUCAAGUAUGGCUCACAAACGAAAAAAAGAAAGUGUAUGGUGACACUACCAUUCCUUUCAUAUUUUCCGGAUUUAUGGUAUACGAUAUGGACUAACAACAGAAAAAACAUAUAGUUUAAAGUACAGCAUACUUGUUCCUUAUAGUUUUCAAAUAAAUAUUGGCCUUAAGUGGAAUGACCACAAGAAUAUUUUGAAAUGGCUAGUUUACUUAGUUAAAGAGGGGUAUACAUUAUUUCAUUUUCCUGAUAUUCUGUGCCUCCACAAUGCCCUAACCUUAUUCCAUUAAUUAUCAAUGUAUUAGUUGUACUUGUAUAACCUGUAAUGUUUGUUAAUAAUUGUAAGAAACGAAUAGCGUGUAAAUCCACAGGCUUAAUUAUGUUUUGACAAUGCUACCUACGGAAGCUUAGUAUUCAUUUUAUUAAACGUGUUUAUGCAGUAGUUCCUAUAAUUUAUAGUUUUAUUUUGUAAAUUUUGUUAGAAUGUAAGCGAAAAGCGUAAUUCGAAUAACUGUAAGCCAUAGUACAGAAAAAUGCAUUCACACCGACCUACCAAACUGACCAGAAAAUCAGAUCAGUAGGUAAGAAUAGGAACGUUUAACAGUCAAUAAUACUAUGAUUUUUUAAUGCUAUAGAGAGACCCAGAGGCAAAGGAAAUAGA